UGCAUCAGUGCAUCAGUGCAACUAGAAAGAACAGACCAAAGGACAGGCCAAUGAUCAUAGAGUGUAUGUGGUCACCGAGCGUACGCACAUGGUCGCGGAGCAUGUUUAUGAUGUUACGUUUCGUCGGUAUGACAGGUUUCAUAACCUAAAUAUUCGUCAACUUUAACUAUUAAUAUCUUGAGAUAUUUGAGGUGAUGUGUUUAAACUAAAUAAUUAUCGAAAUUUGUAACAAUUAAAGUGUUGUGCUUUAUGUUUUUGAAAUUAAAUUUGCAUUUUAUUAAAUAUAUAUUGUGUGAUUGUCACAAGUGAGGUGAAUUGGUAUUCACAACUGUAUUAAUUUAAAUAAUAUUGAAGAAGUGGCAACAGGAAUUACAAAAGGAUCCAUGCAGUUACAAUACAUGGGAUUCAUUUCAGCAUGAGAUUAUCAUUAUUGUCUCCGCUAUCUGAAUCUUGUGCAAUGUAACGAAAUCAUCAACAUUGCAGCUUGACUAAUCAUUUGUAUUUAUUGAAGAAAAAAUAUAACUCUUUUUUGAAACAUAUGUUUAGAUAAUCAUAUUUGUUUUUAAUUUGUCUUGUAUAUUUGUAAUUCAGUGAAUGGGUGUAAAGUGUUAUGUUAUAUAUUGUGUAUAAUUCCAAAAUUUAAUCAAAUUUAUGUAAUUUUAUUUUUUAAUGUUGCUGAUAUAACUUAGUUUAUGACUAUACUUUAUUUUGCGAAGAGAAUUGUGUAGAUAAAACUGUAUGGAAUGCCGUUACAAAAAAUGAAGAAUAUUUUAACAGGAAUGAAUUGUUAUUACUGAAACAUAAUUAUUAAUUCUUUUCAAAACUUACUCGAUUUUAAUUAUGAAAGCAACACCUUUAUAUUUUAAUUUUAUCAAAAAAUUUAUGUGUAUUAAAGUUAUAUUUUUAAAACAUAUGUAUGUGUAUGCUUAUUGCACAAAGUGUUUGUUUUGCAAGAUGUAAAAUUAGCAAAAUAUAAAAUGAUAUCAGGAAAGUAAUGGAUGGAAUGCAGUUACAAAAUAUGAAAUAUGUGUCAACAGGCAUAAACUCCUGUUGCUGAAUUUGAUCUUCAUGACAGGUAACGUAAUUAAUUCUCUUUAAUUUUACUUACUUUUUCAGAUUUUACUUAGUGGUAAUGAAUUUAAAUAAUUUGAAAAAUAACACCUUUCUGCUUUAAUACAAUUACAAAAUUUAAUUGUAAUUAUAUUUUCAGAACAUGGUGGUGAGUUAUCUACUGUACUAAGUGAAAAAAUACAUUAUUGUAUGUUCUACAUGUUCUUUCCUUGUUAUUAAAAGCUUCAUAUAUUUUAUAUAUUUUUAAUGUUACUAAGAGUGACAUGAUUUCUGGCUCUGUGUUAUUCGGAAGAGUGGUCAAAUUUUGUCAGGGAUCUUUUGGCAAAUUCUGAUUCUUAAAGAGUUUAGUUAAAAAAUACAGAAUUUAUUUUAACAAGACUUCAUCUUAUUGUUUUCAUAUGUGCAUCGUGUACAAUAUAAGAGAAUCGUGCAUAUUUAAACGAUCAAUAAAAUAUCUAAUAUAUUUGGCAACACGAUUUAAUUAAAUCUAAUCAAUUAAUCAAAUAUAUUAGAUCUUUUAUUAAAUAUUGUCUGUUUGCUAUCAAAAAUUGAUAGCAGGCUGUGCUCAAAAUCUGCUAACGUAAGUUGCAUCUAGUAGAGCAGACUAAAUUGACUGAAAAUGUCCUAUACCAUUUUUCAAUUUUUUCAAUAUUUAAUGAGUUUUUAUUUAAAAGUAAUCGACUUGGAAAUAUCGCCAAGUACCGGUAAGCGUGGCGAGAUAAGUCCGCCCAGCAGGACGCGCAUUCGCGGUUUGCUAAAAUUGUUUAUAAACUCGGCAUGGCCAUUGUCGUUUAUAAACAAUAACUCUCUGCGUGCCUAGCGGUCACUCUAUCUUCAUGCAAAUUUUCUGACACUGUAUAAAAUAGUUUAAUGACAAUCGUCAAAAAAUGCAUGUGUCGUCAAAUUCAUUAUUUGCGUGUUUUAGAAUAGUUUGACGACAGUCGUCAAAAUAUACAUGUGUCGUCAAAUUCAUCAUUUGCGUGUUUUAGAAUAGUUUGACGACAGUCGUCAAAAUAUACACGUGUCGUCAAAUCCAUCAGUUGUCCGUUUUAGAAUAGUUUGACGACAGUCGUCAAAAUAUACACGUGUCGUCAAAUUAAUCAAUUGUCCGUUUUAGAAUAGUUUGACGACAGUCGUCAAAAUCGUCGAUUGAACGUGUAAAAAUUUGACGACCGACGUCAAAAUCAACAAAUGUCGUCAAAAUCGUCAAUUCUUUAUAAAAAUUGUCGUCAAAGCCAUCAAUUGCCAAAUAUAUAUAUAUAUAUAUUUUGCUUUCAUAAAUAAAUUUUUUUCUAACAAAUAAAUAUCGAAGAAAACGUUAUAAGAUAUUUGGUUCUCAAUACUUUGACUUUUUUCUCUCAGUGUGCAACAAAUACGAUUGAUACGACGGAUAUUUCUGACACUAUCAAAUAUCGCUGCGCUGUACUUUUUCGUUUACGUAAAUACGCGUGUAAGCGCAAUACAUUAUCUUAUAGCACGCAAUAAUCGGCUAAGUGCAAAAUGAAAAUUGACGAUUUUCCAUUGUGCUUCUGUUUCAGACUAUUGAUUGACGUUUCCGGGCGUAGCCAUCCUUUUUUUGAGGCCGACUCGCAGCAGAGCCUUUUCCAGCAUCCGCACGUCUUCAAUUUAAUAAAUAAUUGCGCCAAUAUGAAACUCGACGCUUAUCACACGCAUUACAGUACGAGUCACAGCAAAAGCAGUGGCGGUGGUGACGAAUUGUGUCCUAGAGCGAUGGCUUCCGUGUCGUGCGGACAACUUUUGGUGCUGAGGAAGCUAGCAUUAAUGAAACUUACGGCGUGCAUGGAACGACAUUGUCCGACUCAUCGCACUGGCUGGAACUGGCAACUUCCGAAGUUUAGGAGGAAAAUUAAGUCGCCCGAUUACAACGACAAGGCAGUUUUCGGUGUACCGCUUCCAUUAUCUCUGCAGAGAACUGGCCAAGCAUUACCAGGCUGCAUUCAGAUCGCCCUAAGAUGGCUGAGAGCUAACGCUGUAGAUCAAGUGGGCAUUUUUAGAAAGAGCGGCGUCAAAUCUAGGAUACAGAAUUUGAAAGUCGUGAUGGAGACCGAGGGGGAUAAUGUUAAUUUUGACGGGCAGCAGGCAUUCGACGUCGCCGAUCUUGUGAAACAAUAUUUCAGGGAGCUGCCGGAGGCUUUGUUAACAAACAAGCUCUCAGAGAUAUUUAUCGCCAUUUUCCAACAUGUCCCGGUGGAGUUACGACCUGAUGCCGUGCAGUGCGUCCUAUUGCUGCUUCCGGACGAGAAUCGUGAGGCAUUGGAGAUCCUGCUUGACUUUCUCAAUCACGUUGCCAGCAACUCGCCCUCCAAUCAGAUGACAGCCUCGAAUCUGGCUGUGUGUCUGGCUCCAAACCUGUUUCAUUUUAACCACAGCACGGAUGUGACGAACAGCGUGUCGCCACGUAGGCGAAAGACCGUGGGCAUUCCCGAUCAGCGGGAACUGUCGGAAAACAAAGCAGCUCACGACUGUCUUUUGUUUCUGGUCAAGAUGCAUCGUGAAUUAUUUAUGGUCUCGUCGGACAUGCUGUCGCUGUGUCACUUCCGCAUUAAGUAUGUGGAAGAAAUUUCGGUCGCGAUAGACGAACUUGGCCCGGAAAUGAAACAGGAUUGGAAGGGUUACUUGUACGCCUGCACCAUAGAAUUGCUGAAGGAAGCGCGAGAAAACAGAAGUUGCGGUUGGAUCACGGUAGACAAUCCUGCCGAUAACAGCGUGGAAAUGGCGUAUAAAAAGGUCGGCGACGGGCACCCGCUUCGUCUCUGGCGAGUGUCGACUGAAGUCGAAGCUCCGCCAAACGAAGUGUUGCAUCGUGUGCUAAGAGAAAGGUACACCUGGGACCCGCAACUGUUAACGUACAGACUGGUGGCCAAAUUGGACACCAAUGCUGAGGUCGUUCAAUACUCCACCGGGAACAUGAGUCCUUUGCCCGCUCGAGAUUAUUGUGUAGUAAGAUCUUGGCUCGAUCUUCCCAAAGGUGCUUGCGUCAUUGAUGAAACAUCCGUGCAUCAUCCUGACGCUCCUGUCAUGCUCGGGGGAACUCGCGGCAUCGUUUUGGCCUCGCGUUAUCACAUCGAACCAUGUGAUAACGGCAAAUCCCGCAUUAUGCAUUUAACCAGAGUCGAUACGAGGUAAGUAAUGUCAAUCGUUUCUCUUGAAUAAUGUAUUUUAUUUACUUUGGUUUGAUCAACAUUUUCUUGAAAAUAUUUUCUAAAAAUUUAU